AUGGCGUCCCCGAAGCCUCCGAAUCGUGUUUCUGCGAUUCUGCGAUUUUGUGAAGAUGAGGAUGAGGGUGAAGAUGAAGAUGAAGAUGAAGGUGAAGAUGGAGGCGAGCCGGCGUUAUGGCGAACAGAGGAACAGAGGAACGGGAACGGAGGAACGGGCACAGAGGAACAGAGGAACAGAGGAACGGGCUGA